AUUUAAGGCUUUCUUUGCUGCUUUCAGUUUUUGUUUCACAAAUCAUAGGGAUCCUCAAAAUAAAUAUUCAAUCCUAGCCGUCCAAAUUAAUCUUCUCCUUUUUUAUUUAAUUAAAAAUUUGUAACAAUAUAUCCUCUUUUCCAUGCAUGGAAUUCUCCUAAAACUGCAAUAUCAGUAUAAAUAAAAGCCCAAUUCUUCAAUUUUUUUUUAUUUGAUUUUUUCCAUUAAAUUCGUUGCUUUGGAAACUGAAUAAUUUGAAGGGUUCUUCUUCUUCUUUUGUGCCUUUUUUUGUGGGUCUAAUCCUUUGUACUUCACACGAACUGUCACAUCUUAACCCUUUUUUUAUUCUCUUUUGAUCAUCUUUAAAAGCAACAACCUUGUUCUCCAUCUCUUGAUCAUCGUAAUCAUGGAUCUUGCUUAGUUUUUUCAAGAAAUUUUUGAGGUAAGAGUUUUUGUUGUUGUUUCUUGAUUGAUUUAGAUUCAGAAUUAUCAUGGAAGAAAAGAGGUUUGUGUGUAGGUAUUGUUCACGAAAGUUUCUGUGUGGUAAGUCUCUUGGUGGUCACAUAAGGACUCAUAUGAUGAGUGAGAAUGAAGAGAGAAGAAUGAUGAAUGCUAAUAGUAAUGCUGCUGCUUCUAUGUUUAAGUUUGAUGUUGGAAGAAAGAGAAAGAGAUCUGAAUUAGGGUCUAGUGGUGUUGGUGGAAGUGGUGGUGGUGGUGAUGAUGGAAACUACAUUUAUGGUCUUAGAGAGAAUCCCAAGAAAACAACUAGGUUUGUGCAUUCCAAUGCUGCUGCUGUUUCUGCUACUGAUCAGGAGGAAAGAUUCUGCAAGGAUUGUGGAAAAAGUUUUUGGUCGUUGAAGGCUUUAUGUGGUCACAUGGCUUCUCACUCGGAUAAAGGCGUGUCGGGUGUCUGUGUCAGAGAUAAAGAGAAGUUGGUUAUGGAUAGUCAGUCGGAAACCGAGGAUUCGGUUCCGACUUAUACACGGAAAUCAAAGAGGAUGAAGUUCAAGAAUCUUAGCAAUGACAACCGGCGCUCUUCGUCUUCGCCUCCGUGGGGAAAUUGCUCGUCUUCGAUUUCUGAAGUGGAUCAAGAUCAUGAAGAAGUCGCUAGGACUUUGAUGAUGUUGUCUAGAGAUUAUUCUUUCAAGGGUUUAGCUUUGGUGACAGAGUCAUCUGAUAACAACUCUGCUGUUGUUGAACCGAAAUUGAAAUUGAAAUUGAAAUUGAAAUCGCCUUCUGCUGAUACCAAGGUUGUUGCUAUGAAUCAUGAUAAGAGCAAUGUUGGAAGUGAGAAGAAAGUGUUCAAGGAUAAGAGGUUGAGGUAUUUAGAAGAAGAUUAUGAUUCUCAUAAUUCUGAUUCUGGUUAUUUCCUAUAUGGUCCUAAAAAAGAAGAAACAGAUGAUGCUUCAAGCGAUUGGUGUUUAAGGAACCGAUUUCAGGAUCAUGAUUUUGAAUCAAGCAAGAAGAUACAAAGCAAUAAGAACAACAUUCAAAAGGGUUAUGAAAGAGAUAGUUUCUCAGAUGAUUCGGUUUAUGAGAGCGAUGAAAACAGCACUGAUAGUGAUUCAUAUGCUGCUCCAAAGGCACAAACCAACAAGAACAACAACAUGAAUGGAACAAAGAUUGGUAACAAGAAGUCAAGUUGCAAAGGGAAGAAGAAAAUGAAGUCAAAGAAAAACAAAGAACAUGACUGUCCACUUUGUGAGAGGACUUUCAAGUCAGGACAAGCUUUAGGAGGUCACAAAAGAUCACAUUUUGUUGGAGGCUAUGAUGAGAGCACUUUUGUCAUUAGGCCAAGUGGUUCUGCUGCUCAACCUCAACCUCAAGCUCAACCUCAACCUCAACCUCCUGCCCCGGUUCCGGUUCCGGCUCCGGCUGCUGUUAAUCCUUGCUUAAUUGAUCUUAAUCUACCUGCUCCUGAUGAUGAAUAGGAGCUUAAUUUUCAUGAUUUUGGAACAUUUGUUUUGCUGAGGUUAGUUGAAUUAUGGAAUUAUCAUAGAAAAAGUUUGGUCUUUUUAUCCAUAUGAUGAAAGCAUUGACAAUGUACAGACAAAUGGGUAAUUGGUUGGUGAAUUCUUUUUUUGGUUU